AUGUGCGGGAAAGGCACUCUGCUGGCAGAGGCUGCAGUUUGGUGGCCCAACGCCAGCUUCGUGGGAUGCGAUGUAGACAAGCGCCAGCUGGACUGCUGCCGCUGUAACUUUGACUGGCUCCAGAGAAAGAUUUCAUUGUACCGGACAGAUGUCACCAGGCCACAAGGCAUACCAUUCCCGGACGGAUCCGUCAACAAGGUUCUGGUUGCACCCCCAUGGAAUCGGCAGUUUCGGAUUCGUGGGGACCCAGAGGUGUUUUACCGCGCCAUGUUCAAAGAGAUCCUUCGCGUUCUGCAUCCAGCUGGGAAAUUGGUCUUUGUCGGUGCAAGUGGGAAGGUGAUCCACAAACUUGAGGUCGCCCUCCGGGAUGUUCGGGAUCAGGCAGUCGGCUCUUGGACAAUUGUGGCUAAGCGCAGCUUCUAUCUGACACGGCGAGUGACGGGUGUCAUGGCAGUGGUUGAAAACGGAGAGACAGGGAAUGCUGACGUGGCUGACGUGGGGUGGAAAGCUCUUCCUUGGGAAGGCAAGGCUCCUGACAAUGGUCGUGACUUGUACAAUCACUGGCGGGUGCUCCGUGCCCUUGAAUUUCCCAACCUGCGUCCUGCGUCGGAGCCGCCCAAGACACAGAGCCGCUCCCGAUGGCCGCUUCUUCUCAUCACAGCUGCACUUCUUGGCUCUGUGGCGGCUUUGAGAAGCCUGAACUGGCUGUAG